UAGUUCCCUUCUUAAACUGAGUGAAUAGCCAGCGUUGGUGCCUCGGCUAACAGAAAACGGUUUGUUUUGACUACGUAGAAAAGAAAGCAUAAAUCAGUAAAUGUCAUUGAUUUAAGUAAAGGCUUGAUUAAAGUCUUGUUAUUGUACAAGGGCUCGAGAAAUAGACAAGCAGCAAGAUUUAGAUAGAUAGGAACUUGUCUGAGAAAAAAGUAUUAGUCUUGCUGUACUUGGGGCUAGCUGCCAAAAUCCCCCUUGCCUGCCCGGUGCCACUCGCAAGGGGAAGAAAAAAAGAAAAAAAAAGAAAGGAAGAAGAAGGGUUGGAGAAGCGGAUGCCUUGGCACUUCCUCGCUCGACCCCCAGGAAGCAAGUUCUACCUUUGCAUUGACAGAUUCCUAUACUGAGUUACUUGCACCCCUGAAGCCGCAUAAUUCGUGGCCAGUUGACCAUGAAAUUCAGAGGUGCUCAGGUAAACUCGCAUCACGAGCCAUACGAACAGAGUGACUUUCGGAGAAACUGGAAGAAACAAAUUGUAUAGACUUCAUUGAGUUUUUUGUUUUUUGUGAGUUUUUCUGCCCUUAGGAAAGUUUUCAAUUAUUUUUUUCUUCAAGUCUGUAGAGUAACUAGGUUAAGUGUUGUAGAUUAGUCGUGUUCUCGUGUUAAGAUAACUUCCGAUUUUGAUUUUGAGUGUGACUUCAAGCCUUCAAGAUGGUUACUCAGCUGGUCGUUGAGGAUGAGUACACGAUCAAUGUAAAGCUUCGGCGCCCCUUGACAAAUGGGUCAUGCUUACUCCCACCCACCAUAACCAUCACGCCCGAUGACCCCACCAUCACCAUUUUACCCCCACCAAACGUCUCACUAACUCACGCCCAAGCUGCCAAGUCAGUCAACGGCGCACCAGCGAUGGUGGUUGGGUGUUCGACCGAUCUCUCGAAGCCGUUUCCUUUGGAGGGUCCUUCUUGGUGUCACUACAAAGCAGAUGACUACUCGGAGGACUUGAAGGCCCGGCAACUUAGUAUCAUGCCGCCACCUCCUUCGACUCCCGCCUCUCCUCCCCCUCCGCCAGUGAGGCGGACUUACCUUGAAGAACGCGUUUCCGAUGACAAAGUCACCCAUGGAUGCCUUCGCCUGCCCCUGGUUCAGGUGUUCAGUGAUGAUAAUAUGCUGGUUGCUACUAACAAGUUUUCGACACCUUCGGAGCCUCCGCCAUCGUCAUCUGUUCGCUUACAACCGGCUACUUCGUCUUUCAAGAGCAAUUCUGCUUCCUCCCACGCCUUGGCACCACCGUCACAACUGCAAGAGCCGCCCCACCCAACCGCCCCAGGUUCACUCUAUGUCGAGCGCAUACCUGCCCACUGCAAGUCUGACUGUGGGGUUUUGUAUGUGCCACCUGUAGACGAACGCCGACUCCGUCGAAGCAAGCAAGACGAGCCUCCUGCGAAGGGAAAUUCACGAAGGAGUCGGGCCAGAAGUGAUGGCGUAGCGUCCCCGUCCCCUCCUCCUCCCCCUCCUCCGCCGCCUCCUCCAGCAACCUCCGUGACUUGGACACCGCCGGAGAGAGUGCCCCCGAGGAGUUCGUCCUCAAAGGCUGCUGCUCGAGCUCUCUUGGCCGAAGUGCUAAGUCCCAGAAUCGAGAACCAGUUACAGCAUCGACCUCCAUCGCCCCGACCCCAGCGACAUGCCGCAAACCAUGGUAUUUAUGGGCACCCGAAUUUUGAAAAGAGCAACAGGUACAGUAGCUAA